GAAUAACAAAACCUACAAUUUUCAACUUUUAAGCUGCGUAUAACAGCCCUCUUAAAGCGUUAUCGACAUAUGAUUUGUAUUAUAUCAUAUUGAACUUCUGCACAUGAGUUUCGUAUUAUAUACUAAAUUAACCUAGGCAUGGAAGGCAAUUGUCGGGUGUGCUUAGGAGAUCCUAAGGAUGGACAACUGAUUAGCAUUUUCGUUAGGAUGCCGAAACUGGACAUCUGCAUAGCAGACAUGAUUGCAGAAAGCACCGGAUUCCGUGUCACGCCAGGUGACUCGUUGCCCAAGACCAUAUGCCCAAGCUGUCUGGAGCAUGCUAAGAAUGCCUUCCAGGUACGGAAGACUUGCGAGCGGAGCUACCAAUUCUUCUGCCAAGUUCGAGACGAGGGCAUCGAAGAAGCCACAUGCACGUUGCUCGAGGAGGAGGACUGGGAGUUUUCUGAUAAGGAAACCGAGUGUGCUAUCCCAUGUAAUACUCCAAAACCUAAUGGGGCUAAGCUGAAAGAGGACAUUCGCUUACCUUCGAAAUCUCUUCGGGGGAAUUGGGUUCAGGGCUAUCAGUGCCCAUUCUGCUCGCGAUCAUGUGCCAAUGAUCAAGUGUUGAAAAUACACAUCCGAUGUCACACGGCUGAAAAACCAUUCAGAUGUCCACACUGCCCCAAUUCCUUUGCAGAGAAAUCCACUCUGGAUGCACACGUUCGGAUCCACGCGCCUGAGCGACCCUACCAGUGCAGCAAGUGCUUCAAGUCCUUUGCUAAAGGUUUCGAUCUUCAGCAACAUCUGGGAAACCCCUGUGGACUUCGCCCACAUCAGUGCCCUCAUUGCGGAAAGUUCUUUGCCAGAAAAUCACGUUUGCGGGAUCACAUUCGUGGCCGCAGAAGAAAACGAGCUUCCAGAGUGCCCAGUGUGCGAAGUCGACUACCCUGAAACAACAGUACUAAAGCCAAUCCUUAAGUAAAUCUAUUUAAAUUGACUUAAAUAAUUUGAAUGAAAUUUC